AGCCGCCGCGCCGCCGCUGGGAUCAUGGUGUUCUACUUCGCCAGCAGCAGCGUGAACUCAUCUGCUUACACUAUUUACAUGGGAAAGGAUAAAUAUGAAAAUGAAGAUCUGAUCAAGUAUGGCUGGCCUGAAGAUAUUUGGUUUCACGUGGACAAACUCUCUUCCGCUCAUGUAUACCUUCGAUUACAUAAGGGAGAGACUAUAGAAGACAUCCCAAAGGAAGUGCUGAUGGACUGUGCCCACCUUGUGAAAGCCAACAGCAUUCAAGGCUGCAAGAUGAACAACGUUAAUGUGGUAUAUACGCCGUGGUCUAACCUGAAGAAAACAGCUGACAUGGAUGUGGGGCAGAUAGGCUUUCACAGGCAAAAGGAUGUAAAAAUUGUGACAGUGGAGAAGAAAGUGAAUGAGAUUCUGAACCGAUUAGAAAAGACCAAAAUGGAGCGGUUCCCUGAUCUAGCAGCAGAGAAAGAAUGCAGAGAUCGAGAAGAGAGGAAUGAGAAAAAAGCCCAAAUUCAGGAAAUGAAAAGGAAAGAAAAAGAGGAAAUGAAGAAGAAGAGGGAAAUGGAUGAACUU